AUGCAUAUCCAUAACCAACUACACCAUCAAUACCAGCCCCAAUACCAUCACCAGCACCACCACCAACAACAACAACAACAGUAUGUCGAGACUACCGCCGCCACAACAAUACCACCAACAAUAUCACCGAAGAUUACAGACACCGAAUCGUUGGUCUGGUCGCUGAAAAACUGUAAUACCGAGUAUAUCAAUGCCAACAAUUGUCUACAACUAAUUGUCGACCACCAGUGCCAGUACUACCAGUCCCAGUGCCAGUGCCCAUCGUCGGCCAGUGAUACGGUUAUAGUACAUACAGUUCGCAAACAAUUAGACUACAUUUCCGGCCAGUUAUCCGGUAAAUCAUAUCAGCAACUAAUCAACAACAAUAGUUCAUCAAACGGGCUAUCAUUUUCGGCGACGACAGCGGCGGCGGAAUCAAUGGCCACUCAUGACCACCGAGUAGUCAACAACACGGGUUUGGCCGCCGAUACUACUACUACUACUAGUACUACAGAGAUCGACAACUGGCGUAAUACUCAGCAAUUGUUGGCCGAAAAGUAUCGGCUACUAUGUCUGCUACGGUCGGAACUGGUCACCGGCAACUGUCGCGGUCGCUGCCAAUGUUGUUCAGCACCGAUAGGAUUGCCGCCUACCGAAACGUCGGCUAUCAGCGACCAUCUGGUCAGGUCAGAGUUCAACGCCCGUAUGUGGUCCAGACAGAUACAGUUGAUUACGGCUAGGAUUCAGUGCCGUAAACUGGACGUACCGUUUGACGCCUACAAAACUAUCAGACAACUGGUUACUACCGGCGAUAGUAGUAUUAGUAGUAGUAGUAGUAGUGGUCAGCAUAUUGCUGACCCGUAUCCGAUUGGCUGCUGGCGGUCAGCUAUAUUGCCCGAUGAUGAUAAUGAUGAUUUUAUCGCCAAUUGUCAUAAUAAUAAUAAUACACGUAUUGAUGAUAACAGUAAUACUAAUAGUAAUAAUAAUGAUAAUAAAAAAAUAUGUAUCAAAAUUGAAAAGUUAAGCCCAAAUGAGUCCGACUGUUAUAGUAGUAGUAGUAGUAAUGGAUUGUCGGCUAAUGAUUGUUUGUACGCCUAUACUAAUAAUAAUAAUAAUAAUAAUAAUAGCGGUAAUGAUUAUGAAACUAAUAGUACCGGUAGUAGUAGUAGUAGUAGUAGUAGUAAUGGAUCAUUACAAUCAUUACUAACCACUACUACUACUACUACUACUACUCUAUGCGAGGAGACAGUAGAUGAAGAGGUAGUGGUGGUGGUGGAGGAGGAGGGGGAGGCGGACGAGUGCUGUUACCAGCAAACAGAUACUACUACUACUAGUGCUAACCCUACCAGUCCUCUAGUUAUACAACAACAACACCAGCAUAUCGAUGAUGAUGUUAAUGAUAAUGAUUUGACAUUAUCACCAGUAAAUGGCAUACAAGUGAUGGUAGUAGAAUUUGCUACACCAUCACCACAGCCACCACCACCACCACCAACAACAACAACAACACCAAUAGCUACCACAGACAUCACCACUACUACCACUACCAGUGCCAGUGCUGAUGAUAAUGCUAUUACUACUACUACUACUACUACUACUACAAGUGCUGCCAUAGCUGCUGCUGUUGCUAACAAUUAUGAUAAUACUAAUAAUAAUAAUAAUUGUAACAAUGAUUUACUACAAUUGCCUCAUAUGACUGCCAUCGAGAUCGACCAGAUUUUGAACAACUAA